AUGGAUAUGACAGCAGCGACCAUGGACCAGGCCCAGGUCUUGUAUGCUCGAGCCAGCUCAUCGCAGCCUCCUGUAUACAAAGUGAUCGGUAUCACACUCGCCAUUGCCUCGGGACUGUUCAUCGGUGUUUCGUUCGUCAUCAAAAAGGUCGGCUUGCUGAAAGCCAACGUCAAAUACAAUGAGGAGGCUGGCGAGGGCUACGGAUAUCUGAAGAAUCUCUGGUGGUGGCUCGGAAUGACUUUGAUGAUUAUUGGUGAAACAUGCAAUUUUGUCGCCUACUGUUUCGUCGAUGCGAUCCUCGUUACUCCCAUGGGAGCCCUGUCCGUCGUUGUGACUACGAUAUUAUCUGCGAUCUUCCUGAAAGAGCGGCUCAGUUUUGUCGGCAAGAUAGGCUGUUUCAAUUGUAUUAUUGGAGCGACAAUAAUCGCCCUGAAUGCCCCCGAACAAGCUUCCGUCAGUGAUAUUCAAGGAAUGCAGCAUUAUGUUAUUGCUCCUGGGUUUCUCACAUACGCUGGAGUCAUCAUUGUGGGCUGCUUGUUCGUGGCUUUGUGGGUUGGUCCCCGCUACGGAAAGAAGAGUAUGUUUGUCUACAUCACGGUCUGUAGUUUGAUCGGUGGGCUCAGCGUGGUUGCAACUCAGGGUCUGGGGGCUUCAAUCUUGGCGCAAAUUCGUGGAGAGUCGCAGUUCAAGCACUGGUUUCUCUAUGUGCUGCUUGUUUUUGUCAUUUGCUCGUUACUGACGGAGAUUAUCUAUCUCAACAAAGCUUUGAAUAUUUUCAACGCCGCUCUCGUCACUCCUACCUACUACGUCAUGUUCACCAGUUCGACCAUUGUCACAUCCGCUGUGUUGUUUCAAGGAUUCUCUGGCUCUGCAAUGUCUAUAGUGACUAUGGUUAUGGGCUUUUUGACUAUCUGCUCGGGUGUAGUCUUGUUGCAAUUAUCCAAAUCUGCCAAGGAUGUUCCCGAUGCAGCUGUCUUCAAAGGUGAUUUGGACCAAAUCAGGGAAGUCAGCCAGCAAGAAGCCUCUGAAAUCGAACCAAAGGCGGAUGCCAUCCGAGGUACCGCAGCGAUCAUUCGUCGAAUCUCAGUUUCCAGACAAAAGAUGGAAGAAGAAGAGGCGAAACGAUUCUUCAAGGAAAAACAAGAGGACCAAUUAAGUCAGCCGGGUGACAACGAGAUCAUAGAGUGGGAUGGGCUCAGACGACGAAAGACGGUUAUCGGAGAUCAUCCAACAAUGACACCUAGAUCAGCCCGCUCUGUUCGAACUCCUCAUCCGCCUUUGGGCAUGACUCGAUUCCCCACUGAAGACGAUGAUAUGCCGACUCGUUCGCCUAGUGGUAAUCAUUCGUUCCUCAGUGAUGUUCGCAGUCGGGCGUCUACCAUUUUACAAACCCCUCUCCAUUGGAGACAAUUACAUGGUGACGAUGAACCGCAGACUUCGGUGCAUCCAGUGGCAUUAACGGAGAUUGCUUUAAACAAUAACAAGCAUUCUGUUGAUACUGCUUAUCAUGGCGGCAACGAUGGCCAUUUGGAGCCUCCGUUCCAGCCUCACACAGGGAGAGAACGUAGCAACACUCCUAGAUCGAUUGUUUGGGCCGACGAGCGGCCAGACUCAUCGCCAACUCGGAGCAGCCGACUUGCGCCUGAACCACCACAUCAGUAUGCACGACGUCAAUUCUCAUUUACAACGUUAUUCGGACGGAAAAAGUCGAAUGAGAAUGUGCCGCACGCUCCAGUUAGCCCUGGUCGUGGGAUUCUGCGGACCACAACACCUCGCAGUGCAGUGAAGGCUGCUACCGAGGAAGAACGACUUGGUCUAGUCAAGGGAGACCGACAAUCAGCGAAUAUGGAACACGACGUAGACGACGACGCAGACGAAGUGGGAAGUCUUGACGAGAAGAUGAUUCGUUCGUCGUCUCCUGAAAUGUUUGAUUCGUCCAUCGAUAAGGCUCUGGAAGACGUAAAGAGACAAUACAACGCCCGACCUCAUCAAGUUUCUACCUCGUCGUCAAUUUCGACAACAACCUUCCCACCUUACGAAGACACACAUCUUUACUAUGAACAACAUGGCCACGUCCCUCAGUCCGGACAGGUCGGUGGGUAUCAUACAAUCCGCCGAAUCUCAUCACCUCCCCCUCCUCCUCCCUCUCUUCCUACGACUCGCCCUAAUACAGGCUCCUCAUCCGUCUCUGCUGGUAAAAUGAGGAUGAACAACCCCCUUCCUCCAAUUCCAGAUACCGCCAGCCCUACAACUACUAUCUCCCGAGACCCGGGCUCGGAUUACGUCCACGUCCCCAUGGACGACAGCCCGCCCGCAUAUUCAACUGAGCACGGGCAUGACAAUAACGACGAGCACGAUUUCAACCCUUCAGAAUUUGGCGUCAUAUCGCUACCUUCUUCGUCAUCCUCAACUUCUCCCCCAUCAUCAUCAUCCGCCGGCAGGAGGUAUAGGGAUAGUUACCGUCGUCCGGGCCAUAGCCAUGCCAGCAACAGCGGCAGCCGAAGCCGCAACGUCGCCGCCAGCCACGGCCGACGAAAUCCACGAAGCAACAGUGACAGCAGCACGAGUAGUAGUGCAAGCAACGACGCUGGAACGCAACGAUUAGUUCGGGAGGACGCUUUUAUUUAG